GUUUCAGAUGGCGUAUUUUCGCAGUUUCUUUGGUGGCGGAGGAGAAUCAGAAGAAGAAGAUGGUGCAGAGAUUGUUGAGAAAAUGGUCGAAAGAGCCGAAACGUGCACGGCCUUGGAAGAUCGGAGGGAUGCACUCAGAGCAUUGAGAAGCAUGGCCAAGAAACUUCGAUUAGCCGUUGGAACCAUGGGUCUCAAUGUCUACAUGGAUGUGCUGGAGAAAGAGCGGUCGAAUCAAGAACUCAUUGCCAUCACUCUUGAGACUUUAGUCGCUGUACUCAGCAGUGAUGAUGAAAAUACCGAUGAUGAUGAGUUAGGAGAGCGGUUAGCUGAGGUCAUGCUAAAGAAGCCUGUAUUCAUACCAUCACUGCUUGCUGCUAUAGAUGACUAUGAUAUCACUGUUAGAAGGGUCGGAAUACAACUUCUGACGUCAUUGCUCCGCCAUCGAGGCCCUGAAGUACAGGCAGCAGUGAUGGCACAACCUACCGGUGUUCCACAUCUUGUAGAUAUCGUGCACGAUCGUCGGGAAGUUGUAAGAAACGAGGCAGUUCUAAUGUUGUGUGAGCUGAGUCGUUCAAAUUCACAGAUCCAGCAACUUCUCGCAUAUGAAAACACUUUUGUUCAUUUGUUGGAUAUCAUAGACACUGAGCCACUUGAUAGUAUCAUAAUCGAGGAUUGUUUAUUUGUCAUUUUGAAUUUGCUUAGGAAGAAUGCCAUGAACCAACAACUUUUCCGGGAAAACAAUCUUAUUGCUCGUUUGGGAGUCGUUUUGAAUGCGUUCUUGUACGGAAAUGAAGAAGAGCCUGACGGUGGUGAAUGGGUCAAGCAGCGGACCGCCAACAUCAUCUUCCUGCUCCAGGUCAUCAGGAGUUUGGUCAGUCCAGAUAACUCAGGUACCAACACCCACGCAGCCCAGAAGGCCAUCCACCAAACGAAGAUGCUUUCUGAACUAUGUCGUGUCUUACUUUCCGAGAUGGGUUUGCCCGUCGAAGUUCUUACGGAAACUGUGAUUGCUGUUGCUGAAGCUAUCAGAGGAAACUAUACCAAUCAGGAAUAUUUUGCUAGUACGAACCUUAUCACUAAUGAGAACGUUAGCAGGUCAUCCCUUGUUGUUCUGCUGAUUUCUAUGACAGCAGAAAAGCAGCCAUUCAAGAUGCGUUGUGCCGUCUUCUACUGCUUCCUGUCGUACUUGCAUGAUAACGAAUUUGGAAAGACAAAGGUCAUCGAGACGUUGCUGCCUGCUUCGCAACCAGAAACUUCGCUUUCAACUGGCUCUCUUAUAUGCCAGGCUAUCACAUCUGGUGAAUCAGUACAGUGCUGGUUCGGUUGUGUAUCACUUCUUUAUUGUUUGCUUGACGUGGAACAUCUUAGGGAGCAACUUUUGCGAGUACAACUAUCAACGACAGUCGAUCAGCCACCAGUAUCUUUAUUAAAGCAUGUGGCCAAUUUGAUGGUGAGCAUGGGUAACCGAAGAGUGCAGAUGCGAGCGGGAAUACUUAUGCUGCUCUCAACAUGGCUUAAUAACUGCCCUGCUGCUGUGGCAAGUUUCAUCGAGAACGAAGAAAAUCUCCAUUAUCUUACGACGCAAAUAUUGGAUGACUGUGGAGAAGGUACCGAAAGUGAACAACAAGUUCUGAAAGGUUUGAUGGCGUUCCUACUGUUGAUAUGCUUGCAGAACGUAGAAGAUGCUACUGCAAAAGCUUCUCUCGAACAGCUUGUGGACAGAAGAGUCGGUCGUGAAGUUGUAAUUGGAGCUGUAGAAGGGAUAUCGCGAACAGAGCAGUUCGUUCGAGCUGCUCAAAAGCCGCAGCCGCUUACGAAGACACCAAAUGAGCUGUUUUUGGACUAUCAUUUCAUAAAGAUGCUCAAGUCAGUGGAGGGCCAAUUAGUGAAGAUGUUACGACCGACUGGCGAGUUCAACGGGACUGCUUCAAAUGAUAGCAUUAUUCAAUCAUUCAAGGACCUUAUCAAACGUCAAGAUGAAGAAAUUGCUGUUCUUCGACAGGAAGCUAAGAGGACAGCAGCACAGAUCGAACAACUCAAACAAGAGAAUGAUAGAACUCAGCUAGAGCACGAAUUAGAGGACGUUAGAAAGAAACUCGAAGAAAGUCGAGUUGCAAACGCGCAGCAUGAAUCUACGCAAUUACAAAUACAGGAGAUGUAUAGGGUCAACCAGCAGUGGCAAGCAGAAGCCGCAAAGUACAAGCAGUGGGCGGAACAGUGGCAACAGUACCAGAUAGCGCAGUUGCCAAAUCCUACUGAAACCGCCGUCACAUGUCUACAACAACAGGUUCAGCAGCUAGAACAGCAGCUUGCAUACGGGUAUCAGGCUUUUGAAGAGCAUAGUAAAAUGACUGCAAAAUACGCUCAAGAUUGUGCAGAAUGGAAAGCUAAAGCAGAGGCCGCUGAAGCACAGCUGGCAGCUAAGAAUGAAGAGAAGAAAGAGGAAAAGCUGUUGGAAAACGGCACAGAAGGUACUUCGGAACUUGCUCUUCUCAAAUCUGAGCAAGAAGAUCUUCUCGUUCUCCUUGCCGAUCAGCACAAUAAAAUUACUCAGUAUCGGAAUCGAUUGAGAGAGCUUAAGCAAGUGGUUACGGAUGAUGAAGAUGAGUAAUGGUCUAUUUAUUCUUUUCGCUCUUAUAAUCAAAUUCGGGCUUUUUCGCUCACAUGUUCAUCUUUUCAAGUCUUCCAUUUGUUUCUUUUACACAUUUGUUUUCUGCUAUUGCCAAUAAUGGUGACUCUGUUAACAGAGAUGUUUCAUUGUAGAGCUUUUGAGUUCUCUAUUGUCUAACAGCUUCUACGAAUGGUGCGGCGGCUUUUUGACUAGUUGUUAGAGGUUGUGAUUAUCACGAAGGCAUCAUCCUCACGUACCGACUUGAGGAAAUCUGUCAGAGCGCAGAGAUGACAAACUUUGAGUUUUCCAAAGCUUUGCGAAUGCCACUGUGCUUUCUAGAAGGUAGAUAUUAAAGUAGUAAUAGUGAAGUUGAAGUAGUGUUUUUUCUUCCUUUGUGCAAUACAAAGUCGGUGAGAAAGGGGAGCAAUUGUGAUAACAGUCGAGCACUCUAUGAAGAACAUUGUUACUUGUAUCAUUCUUACUUGCUUCAUGCAUGUUAAGGUUAUCAUCUGUGAUGGUGUGGGUUCCUGGUAGUGUCU